AUGGGUUUUUCUUCGAAUUCAAUGAUUUUGGUGCUUCUAUUGUCAUUUUGCGGGUCCUGUUUUGGUGCUUUUUAUAAGGUGGGUGACUCUCAAGGCUGGACUAGCAAAGGCAGCGUUGAUUAUAAGACCUGGGCUUCCACUAAGCAAUUUCAAGUCGGGGACGUUCUUAAUUUUGAGUACGAUCCCCAAGUGAACAAUGUGGUUCGAGUAACACAUAAAGAUUACAAGUCAUGCAACACAUCAAAUUCAACCUUCAUCAGCCAAACAGGAAACGAUGCCAUAGUUAUCAAAAACCCUGGUCACCUAUACUUCGUCUGCAGCGUCCCUGGCCACUGCCAAGCUGGACAAAAGGUCGAUAUCAGAGUCCCACCCAAGUCUGAUAUUCGAUCUCCAUCACCAACCCCAACUUCAUCAAAAACAUCUCCCACUGCAUCUCCACCGUCCAGUGCCCCAUCCUCCCCUACCCCAUCCAUCAAGGGUGGUGCUCCGCCUCCAAAAUCCACUAUUUCAUCACCACCGUCCAUUGCCCCAACCUCACCUACCCCAUCCAUCCAGGGUGGUGCUCCACCUCCAAAAUCCACUAUUUCAUCACCACCAUCUCCUACUGCAUAUCCACCGUCCAUUGCCCCAACCGCCCCUACCCCAUCCAUCAACGGUGCUCCAGAUGAUCCAGAAUUCACUGUUUCAUCAUCACCUGCUCCUACCCCAUCUGAUAAGAAAAAGAGCGCUGCUCCAUCCAUUCUUUCUUCCAAGGUGGAUUUGCACCUUUUCAUGGCCGUUCUGGUUGUUGCAGCAAUUUUAGCUUAAUUUCCCUUCAUUCUAUGUUGUUGUUUAUUAACAUUUUGGUUUGGUUUUGAUUCUUAGUAAUUAGAGGACAAAAUAUUUGAUUAUAGCGAGUUUUAGUUUUAACCAAUAAGGCCUACAUAAAAUGAUUCCUAUUCAAUUGGAAUGAUCGUGGCUGUUUAAUGAACAAAUUUAUUAUUAUUAUUCUUACUAUUAUUUCUUCUCAGUGUUUUUUGCUGAAGGUUGUUCAUU